GCGUCUGCGCAGUGCGCGCCCGGCGCUCCGCCCCUUCCCCUUCCCUUUCCCGUCCGUGAGGCGGGGUCCGUGGCCCGCCCCGCCGGGAGCGCGGCCGCCGCCCCAGUGCCCGGCCCGGUGCCACAGCGCCCGGCCCUGCGCCGGCUGCGUGCGCCGCGGGCCGUGAAGAGCCCGGGGCAAGCAGCCUUCACGUGCCGCCCUUCAGCCGCGUGAAAAACGAGGCCUCUCUUAGCGCAAGUACAGUGCCGUGAGGGCGUGCUCACACACAGUGUUCGGCACUCACGGGGAAAGGAGCCUGUGGGGAGAACCCAGCUUUCCCACCUGUGUUUGAGUGACUGCCCUGCCGAGAGCGGACAGAGGCUCGGAGUAAAGCUGUGAACGUGUCUGCUUUCAUAGAGCCGUGAAAUCACUGAGACUUGUGGGAGGCCAAUGCCCCUAAGCCAGGAAUAACCAGGAAGUUGCUUUAUCGCUGUGGGAAUCUCUCUAACCACUAUGGGCUGUGCUACAAGCUGGAUUACCUCUCUGAUUUUUUCUACAUCUGCAGAAUUGCCUAUUAAAGCAAUUUCUAUUAGGAACAGCACUCCCAAAACAAGAGGCUGUAAUCAGUAUUUUAAUGAACAGUUAUAACUGUUUUUGCACAUUUAAAAACUAUAAUUAUACAGAAGAAAUUUUAAAAAACAAAAGGUCUUCUUUUUGUGUGCUGUGUAAGUGGGCUUGCUUUUAAUUAGCUAGAAAAGCUAGUAAUUUCUUGAGUAGUUUGAUACUACAUAAAUGAAUUAAAGUAAAUAAAAUUGCCUGCUCAAGCUUUACUGCCCUCUUAAUGGUUAUUAAAUAAUCGUAAUUUAUUUAUCAGUAGUAACCUGAAACAGUAGUUUCAGGCUAAAACAGCAUCUAAGAUAUUGCAUUUCUAGCUAACUUUAAUUUUAAAUAGCUCUAGUGUUUUAUUCAUUUAGUUGAAACUGUAAUUUUCGGAGAGAUGAAACGAUCUCCUAACCAUGCUGUGAAGAUUUCUUACAUUUGUUUCAGAUGAGUUAAAAUCAAGUACUGAAUAGUGAAAUCACAUUUGACUGUUUAACUAGCAAAAAUAAAUGAAGACAAAUGGAUCAAUAAUUAAUUUAACUUCACUAUAAUGUGUUUCCAUGUGCCAGAAUCAGAAUCUAAGUGUUGCUGUAAAUUUAUUUUUCUAUGCAAGUUUGACACAAAUAAAUGUUAAAUGUUUCUAAAGGAAAUUCCCCUUUUUAGACUUUUUAUGUCUAUUUUUAUAGGGUUUAAGUAGUCAAGUAAUGUUUUUCCCAGUUAAACUAUGAAAUACUCCCAUGAAUUUCAAGUGGUUUUAAAAUUGUAACGAAAAAGUAAAAUCUUUUCUUUUGCAUCUGCUAGUAUUUAUUAUUGUGCUUAUUGCAUAAACCACGUUAUUUCAAAUCAAACUUACACAGCAGUCAAAAAUGCCCAAAAGACCUCAAAUCCAUAUUUUUGUGGGAGCACCCAGUAUUCCAAGGCCAGUGGAGGGGUCAGAGCCGCGUGGUUCAGGCGCUGCUGCUGCGAAGUGGAGAGAGCUGCGCUGUUGGUGUGACGCACACGGGUUUGUUUCUGGGAAGGUCCCUGCUGCUGCUGCCCCCUCAGGGCCCCAGGCAGAAAGCUCCACACUCACAGGAGUGAGUGUCCCUACGGGUGGGGACAGCGCUCAGCAGGGCAGCUUCAUGGCAAAAGAAGGAAAAGAUGGGACAUCUCCUGCCCCUGUGGCACUAACUUGUACCAGCAGAUCUGAAAAGAGCACAGGUUCAGCUUGCUCUGAUUGUCGAGUAUCCAAAGAUAGAGACACCCCUGCAGAUGUAAAUCAGGCUGCAGAUCAACUCCUGCCCCAGAGCUGUGCAGAAUCAGCUGCACAAGAGAAAGCACCAUGUGCCUGCUGCCCAGACCUUGCUGAGAGAAAAGCCAGUCCUUCAGAAGUGAACAGCGCUGACAUUUCUGCUCUGGCAGCCAGCACUGAGCAGGUCAGCAUCCACCUGCGGUCUGUGGGGCUUCAGGCAGCUCACAGAAGUGAGCAUCACCAACAUCUCAGUCAAUACAUGGAUAUGGUUUUCCAGAAAAGCCUGGAGUCCAAACCAAAAGAACCAAGGGACUGUGCAGACUUUGCAGUGUCAGCAGACACUGAAUUUCGUAUUGUAGUGACUUCAAGUCAGGUGGCUGUUUCUGCACAGAAUGAGGUGCAGGAAAGAGCUGUAAAGCUGUCAGAAAUAGAAGCAGGCAAAAAAGCUGAAGAACUGCAGUAUGAUCACUUCCAAUGUGAUUCUGGUGUUGGAACGUGUACUACUAAUGUGACUGAAAAUGAAUAUAAGGAGGAGCAUACAAGUUCUCUUGAACUUUUCAGUUCUGAGGAUGAUGGGGAAAAUGUUUGGAUUAAAGCUACAAAACAGGAAGAAAGUGCUCAGGAAAAUGCAGAAAAGUUUCAAGAACUUAAUGUUCCUGCUGAGCAAUUUGUAAAUGAGAUCCAUAUUGAGCCUUUGAACUCUGGAAUACUGUGCUCUCAAGGGAACUGUUCUCACAAGAACUCUUCUAAAAGACCCCGCAGGUACGAAGACUCCUUUCAUCUUUUUCACUCAGCAGUUAAAAGACAUCUAAAAACCAAGAGAGCGAAACUGAAUUCUUCUCCACCUGGUUCUGAGGUGAGGGUGGAUCCAGACAGGAUGACAGAGUUCAAGAAACUCCAGAAGAAUCUAUCACUACUCAAGAAUUGCUGCAGCAAAAAUCAGAAGUACAAUAUUUUGGUCACAGUUGUACAUCCUUGUCAUAUCAAAGAAAUACAGAUGAAGACUAAACCAAAAUCUUCAUGUAAAGUUCCUGUAGCAACAAUUGUUGUUACUGACCAGUCAGAAAUUGAGAGAAAGGUGGUGCUGUGGCGUGGUGCUGCAUUUUGGUCCCUCACUGUGUUUCCUGGGGAUAUCAUACUGCUUACAGAUAUAAUAAUGUAUGAGAAUCACUGGUGUGGAGAGGUCAUGCUUCAGUCUACAUUUACCAGUCAGUUACUGAAUCUGGGGAGCUGCUCAGCUCUCAGUCAUGAAGAAUCUUAUCCUCUGGUGGAUGGUGGUGCUCUCCAUGGCUUAUUGGCAUACAUAUCAUCAGAAUUUCCACACUUCAGAGACAUUCCACAGAGACAAGUUCAGACACUGGAUGAUGUUCAGUAUGUGCAGCUAGAUCAGCUCCAGCCAAAUACUUUGGUGCACUCAAUCCUGAAAAUCAUCAAUAUUUCUGUGUUAACAGAAUCUGUGUACAGCUACAGAGGUGGCAACCAAAGGAAAAUUAUUCUAACAGUAGAACAGAACAGAGACCAACACUAUAGGAUGGUUCUGUGGGGAGCAGGGGCUGCCUGGUGCCCCCAGCUUCAGAGGAAAAAAGACCACAUAUGGGACUUCAAAUACCUGUUGGUCCAGCGUAGUUCUGUCUCAGGUGACUUGGAACUGCACACAACUCCGUGGUCAUCCUGUGAGUGCUUGUUUGAUGAUGACAAAAGGGCAGUAGAAUUUAAAGAAAAGUUUCAGAGAAGUCAAACGUCCCUCAUGGAACUGACAAAGCUCUCGGCACACCUGGAAGAAAAAUGCUCAGGAGUGAUUCAAGUGAGAGCCCAUAUCUUGGAACUGAAGUUUACCAUUUCCACUGGUCAGUACCAGCAGCUCAUCUUCUCUGCUGACACUUCCCUGGAAUGUGUUUUGGCUUCUCUGCCUAUGCUGACGUAUUCAGGUUGUGCCAAAUGUGGUUUGGAGCUACAGGCAGACGAGAACAUGAUCUACAAGCAAUGUAUUAGAUGUUUGCCAUACAGCCAAGUAAAAACAUUCUACAGACCUGCUUUGAUGACAGUAGAAGAUGAAGGAUGUGAAAUUUGUGUUCAUGUGGUGUCUGAGUUGGUGGAAAAAAUCUUCCUCAAUAUUCCUGCAGACUGGCUGAAGAGAUUAGUAGUGCCCUCCUCAGAUAUAACCUACAGCACAAUAGUGGCAGACCUGUGUCAUUCGCUGCUGGCAGAUACAGAGGCAUCCUAUUUGUUGGAAAUCAGAAGCCACUUUGUGCUAGAUGAGAACAGCUAUCCUCUGCAAAAGGAUUUCUAUCUGCUAAAUUUUCAUCCUGAUCUUUGACCUCUGCACCAGCUGAGUAACAGAGAUCAUAAGGACACAGAUGGGAAGCAGAAGAGAAAUUACUUAGCUGAAGAAAGCAAAUCUCUUAAAAAAUUAUAAUGAAGGAUUUUGGUUUUAACUUGCAGAAAAAACGAAACCAUCAAAAGGACUGGUAUGGAAUAUCUGCUAAUAUAUACUGCUGGAGUAAUACUGAUGAAUUUUCAUAAAGUAUAUUUUUAUACAUGUAUUUUUAUGUUAAUAAUUAUGUUAAUAAACACCAACAAUUUCUUCAGUA